UUUUUGCUGAAAAUAAUCUAUCAGUUGCUGAAAAGAUUAGCAGAUGUUUACCAAUUGUUGUUUUAUCAACAGAUGAAUUACCUUCAUAUGUGUGUAAACGUUGCUUACACUGCUUAAAUAUUAGUUACAAGUUAAUUGUAAAUUCCAUGAAAGCUGAUGCUUUAUUACGUGCAGAAUUAAAUGAAUCUAAAAAACUCAGCACUGUAGAAACUGUCGACAAUGAUACCGGCAGUACACGGUUGAUUAAAUCGCAAAUACAAGAAACGCUAAGAGAGGCUUUGAAUAUGCGUAUCAAAAAGAUAAAGAAGACUGACAUCAAUGGUCCAGUAGAAUGCGAACUUUGCAACAAAAUGUUCCGUGAUAUGAAUUUAUUUGAUAGCCAUAUAGAAACAAUUCAUUUACUUAAAUGGAGGUGUAAUUUGUGUGAUAAAAGUUAUGAAACAUCCAAGGAAUUAAUUUCUCAUAAAGAAAACAUUCAUGGUGGUAAUAUCAUUUUCUGCAAAGCCUGUGUAGAAGCUGAAUCAGCUAGCGAAAAUCAAACCGAUCAGAUUAAAGAGGAAGUAUUUAAAAGACCAAUAAGUCCAAAUACUAAUGAUGAUUUUGAUAUUCCUAUUGUUACCGAUGCAGCACCAUUAGCAUUAUGUUCUUUAGAGGUGCUAUGUGAUAUAUGUGAUGCUUCUGUAGAUGAUGAUGACCUUCUUAGGGCUCAUAAAAAGGUUCACCUUCCAAAACUUAAAACUUGUAAUAUGUGUCAGGUAGAGUGCUCUUCAAUUUAUGCACUCUUUGAACAUAAGAAAGAUAUACACAAUUUGUACAAAAGGGUGAAUUUAAAAUUUGUGUGUGAUUUGUGUGGAAAAUAUUUUUCGAACAGCUGGCAAUGGGAAAAUCACGAGGAAAAUGUGUGUCCGAAAAAGUUCUCAAAGUAUACAUGCAAAUAUUGUAAAAUUUGUUUUUCAACAAAUCACAAGCUCACGCGACAUUUAAGAAAACAUAAAAUGGAGAUGCUAGACGAUCCUUCUGUAACCAUUUACAAAUGCAUUGCCUGUCCUAAAGUAUUUGUUGAUAAAGAAUUUUACCAAAAGCACCGUAAUGUACAUGAUCCUGAAUGCUGGGAUAAAUACAAAUGUAAAUUAUGCAACCGAUCAUUUAGGGACAAUGUCAGACUAAAGGAACAUCAUCAGUCUAUUCACGAAGGCAUUAAGCCACAUCAAUGUGAUAUUUGCGGUCGAACAUUUCAUCGAUUAUCAAAUAUGAGAGUACAUAGAGCAAAGCAUUUCGGUCAUAAGUGUGACCAUUGUGAGGAGGUAUUUGAGAGAUUACGCCAGUUGGCUAAUCAUGUUCAACAAGUUCAUGGACUAGAACCUAACAUCAGAAUACAACCAAAGAAGCAGUACACGAGUGGUUGUUUUGUAUGCAGAUACUGCGGAAAGAAAUUAGCUACCUAUAAAUCUGUUUUGGAUCAUGAACACAUCCACACAGGAGAAAAACCAUACAGUUGUCAUAUUUGCGAGAAAAAAUUUCGAAGUUACACAGCUCGAUGGUCUCAUAUUCAGCGCCAUGAUAAAGGAAACUUUGUAUGUGAACAUUGCGGAAAGUGUUUCAGUUACAAGCAGAAUUUAACAACACAUAUGCAGAUUCAUGUGCCUAUGGAAAAUCGUAAGCAUCAGUGUUCAAAAUGUGGCAAGCGAUUCCUCAGGAAGUCUCACUUAAACGUUCACAUGCGUAUUCAUGAUGGUGUGCGGCCAUACACAUGUGACAUAUGUCUCUUUAGUUUCACACAACUAGGUGAUAUGAGAAGACAUCGUGCAAGACAUGCCAAUGGAGAUGUUCGUAUAAGGCAACCACGAGUGAAAUCUAUCCCAACUUCCAGUAAUGAAGAUACGAAUUAAUUUAGAAGAUAAUUAUUUCUGUAUCAUUAUGUAUAAUUAAGGAGAAAUGAGAUCAUAUAAGUUAUUAAAAUAAAUAUAGUGAUCAACAUGAUACAAAUUUGCAGAAGUACUGCGUAAGCCAUACUUUUAAACAUAUUUACUGAAGAACUUGUCCUCACGUUGUACUUGUUAUCAUAAAUGUACAUAUAUAUUUCUCAUAUAGAAAAUUUCUACUAAGCGUUCUAAUUAAAAACAUUUUAA